UCGACUCCAAAGCUUUUGAAUCGAUUCACAAUCCCCAAGCAGUGCGACCGAAGAGUCGAAUCUCUUUGGUAUCGACUCUCAGCUCGAGUCUCGUUUUCUUGACAAUACCUUGCAGUAGGCAGCACCACGGCCGCGGAGGGAGCUUUAGCAUCACGCACGAUGGAGGCAGCUAUCAGCCCGAAGCCUUGGAGGAACCUCUGGAGGAGCAGCUCAGGGCUUGUGGCUGUAAUAUUGUUGUUAAGCCGUGCGGCUUGGGUAAGAGCGGAUGACGGAGCGAUGGAGGAGCUGGCCACGGAGAAGGAGGCAGAGGAAAGUCACCGCCAGGACAGCGUCAAUUUACUCACGUUUAUUUUGCUGCUGACGCUGACCAUUUUGACUAUAUGGCUCUUCAAACACAGGCGAGUGCGUUUCCUGCACGAAACCGGCCUGGCUAUGAUUUACGGUCUGCUGGUGGGCGUGAUCCUGCGCUACGGGAUCCCUUCGACCAGUUACCACCAUCAGACUCCGCCCAGCUGCGCGCUGAAGGAGGGGCCAGUCAGCACGCUGCUGCUCAACAUCAGCGGCAAGUUCUUCGAGUACACGCUGAAGGGGGAGAUCAACUCCCGAGAGAUCCACAACGUAGAGCAGAACGACAUGCUCCGCAAGGUGACCUUUGACCCUGAGGUGUUCUUCAACAUCCUGCUGCCUCCGAUCAUAUUCCACGCCGGAUACAGCCUGAAGAAGAGACACUUCUUCAGAAACCUGGGCUCCAUCAUCACGUACGCGUUCCUGGGAACCGCCAUCUCCUGCUUUGUGAUUGGGAAUUUGAUGUAUGGAGUGGUGAAGCUGAUGCAGGUUGUAGGACAGCUCACUGAUAAGUUCUACUACACUGACUGCCUCUUCUUCGGAGCAAUCAUUUCAGCUACAGACCCCGUCACUGUGCUGGCUAUCUUCAAUGAGCUCCAUGCUGAUGUGGAUCUUUACGCCCUGCUGUUCGGCGAGAGCGUCAUGAACGAUGCUGUGGCCAUCGUCCUCUCAUCAUCCAUCAUGGCCUAUCAGCCCAGCGGCACGAACACGCACACGUUCGACGCCUCGGCCUUUUUUAAAUCCGUCGGCAUUUUCCUCGGGAUCUUCAGCGGAUCUUUCGCCAUGGGCGCGGUCACCGGAGUCGUCACCGCCCUCGUGACGAAGUUCACCAAGCUGCACUGUUUCCCUCUGCUGGAGACCGCGCUCUUCUUCCUCAUGUCCUGGAGCACUUUCCUGUUGGCCGAGGCAUGUGGCUUCACAGGUGUCGUAGCGGUGUUAUUCUGUGGGAUCACGCAGGCUCACUACACCUACAACAAUCUGUCCGAGGAGUCGACCAAACGCACCAAACAGCUGUUUGAAGUGCUGCACUUCCUGGCAGAGAACUUCAUCUUCUCCUACAUGGGUCUGGCGCUGUUCACCUUCCAGAACCACGUCUUCAGCCCCAUCUUCAUCGUGGGAGCAUUCAUCGCCAUUUUUAUCGGCCGAGCCUCGAACAUCUACCCCCUGUCCUUCCUGCUGAACCUGGGACGCAGACACAAAAUUGGCGCCAACUUCCAGCACAUGAUGAUGUUCGCAGGUCUUCGAGGAGCGAUGGCGUUUGCUCUGGCGAUCCGUGACACAGCGACGUACGCGAGGCAGACGAUGUUCACCACCACGCUGCUCAUCGUCUUCUUCACCGUCUGGGUGUUCGGUGGAGGAACGACGCCCAUGCUGUCCUGGCUGCAUAUCAGAGUUGGCGUGGACCCUGAUCAAGAUCCUCAGCCGUGUGGAGACAGCUUCCAGGUCCUUCAAGGGGAUGGAAGUCAGCAGGAAGGCCAGAGCAAGACGAAGCAGGAGAGCGCCUGGCUCUUCAGACUGUGGUACACUUUUGACCACAACUACCUGAAACCCAUCCUGACCCACAGCGGGCCUCCACUCACCACCACCUUACCGGCCUGCUGUGGACCGCUGGCACGCUGCCUCACCAGCCCACAGGCCUAUGAGAACAGCGAGCAGCUUCAGGACACCGACUCGGACCUCAUCCUGACGGACGGCGACCUGACGCUGACGUACGGCGACUCGGCCAUCACGGUUAACGGCGCCUCGUCGUCGUCGUCAUCGGCGUCGGGGACGAAGAGGGGUAAGCGCAAAGGCAGCACGUCCGAGGAAGCUCUGGAGAGAGAGCUGGACUCGCGCGAGCAGGAACUCCUGAGCCGGGGAACACGGCUGGUCUUCCCCAUGGAAGAUCACGCCUGAGAGACCACCCCCCCCCCCCCCCACCACCGCCUGACUCCUCCCCCUGCACAUUCCUGCACAUCUCUCUCUAUCUUCAUGCCUAGGACACCUCAAUCCAUCUGAUCCUCCCGCGCUGCUUUCCAGACCUCAGGCAGGAGAGAGAGGAAGAGUCCGAGCGAGAUCUCACCUGUUUACCGAACUGCGGAAGAUGUAGAACAUUUGACGAUACUGUGAUUCCAGGAAAUAGACCGUAGGAAAGCUGCUUUUCGAAGCGUGGCGAGGAACUUUGAGGAAUUUUGGCCGUUCUGGAGGAUACGUGGGUUAUGAUUUGCCGUAGAUGUUGAUCUAUUUAUUUAUUUUUUUUCGUCAGCCAUCGCCCACGCAGAACGGCUAAAAAUGUGAAAGCUGAGUAUAGACGUGAAGUCUGUCUGCCUCACAAGCCAAGUGUAGCUCUUUGUAUUACACACACACACACACACACACACACACACUCACACACACGUUUUCUUUGGCAGAUGAAUUACAGCCAGUCCUAUUGUGCGAUUCAUUCAGCAUGUAACCCCAGCAUUCAUCACAUACCUCAUUAUUCAGACGCUCUUCACGGUGUUUGUAUGUAAAUGCGAAUGCAAAGCUCACGCCGAAGAAUUUUGUGAGCCGCACACGGACGCAUACAAAUCCCGACGUACGCUCGGCCGUGUCGGAAAGUCGCCGCGUCACCCCGGCGUACUGUCUGAUCUCCCGAAGCGUUCCGGCCCGAGAUCGGGGGUGGGGAAAGUUCUGAGAAAGAACGGAGCGACAGUCGAAAAGUACCGACCGUUUAAACGCGCUCGGGAGUAUUCACCAGUGAAAAGUUCGUCGUUUAACUCCGUCGCGUCUUCAUCAUGCCCGACUGCGCACGGCUGGCGAGUUCGCUAAGCAGCCGGUGAUCGGGAAACACACGGCUAACUCACUCGCACACCUAGGGUUUGCCUUGCUGUUUAGCGGAACUAUUUUUAGAAACUAAUGCGCUAGUCAACGCAAACAAAACUUAGCCGGCUCGCUGACGUAACUCGCUAAAUUAUGAGGGUGAAUUUUGCGAGCUAAUUUACAAAACCAAGCUAGCUCGCUAAUUUUGCGAGCUAAUUUACAAACCUCAGCUAGCGCGCUAAUUUACUGAUCCAGUUUACAAAACUGAGACGUCGCGUCCUGUGAUCAGUAACGUAGUAAGAGGAAGAAAAAUUAUGAAGAUGUAAGGAGUAAAAAGUGUUGUUUGUUUGUUUGUUUUUCCUUGUAAUCGUACAUACAAGUAUUAAAUGUUAAUAAUAAUUAAGUGAAGAACAAGUUUAGUAAAGUACAACGAAUCAGUAUUUUCCGCCUCUGGAUCCCGGGUAACAUCCUGUUUAUGAUCGUUCAGGAAAAACCUUAAAGAAAUAAAGAAAUAAAUAUCCAGCGUUUUGUAAGGAACAAUUUCGCGAGGUUAUGUAAGUUUAUCAUCACCCCGUCCAGCACACCUGCUUCAGCGUGUACUAAUCCCCAGCUCCGCCCCUCCACCGCUGUGGCUCCAGCAUCAUCAUUACCACGAACACGCUGCGUUUCCACGCCGUGCUCCCACUUAUCCGUUUCACCCAGACGUGAGCGACGUGCACAGCUGUGACUCCGCCCCUCGACCCCUCCCCCCCCCUUGCGACGACGACUCGCGCUUUUACAACACACUGCUGUGUGUCUCCCGAGUGCUCGUGUUUAUGCGGCCUGACUGGAGAACGCCCGUGAGCGCCGUGUGAUUCGGGAGUACGCGAGUCAUCACAGCUGCAUUUAAAAAAAAAAACACACA